AUGGAUGAAACAACUCAGCAAUUAGAUGAAUACAUUCAAAAUAUCAGUGAAAUGGGCUAAUAGCUCAGAUUGAUCACCGAUUUUGUAAAUCAUAUCAGAAAAGGUUUGUUAAGAGUGGAGGGGAAAAUUAAUGAGAUGAAGAAAUAAUUAAACAGCUUGAGUAAUGACAUCAAAUUUCUUAGAGGAAAAUCAGUUAAAGAGCUUUUAGAUAUUAGAAAAUCGAAAGUAUUGAAAGAAGCAGCAAAUAAAAAUGUUAGGUCAAUUUAUGUGCCAAUAAAAACUUUGGAAAUAUCUCAUAAAUUGGAGAAACUGAAAAAAAAAUCCAAAUUAAAUGUUUAAGAGUUAUAUAAAGAAGGAAAUUAGGAAGGACAUAAAUAAGAAUAUAAAGAAGAACAGGAGGAAGAAGAUGAGAAAAUAGAUGAAGAAGGAUAGAUAGAAGGACAUGAAGAAGAAGAUUAGGAAGGACAGUUAGAAGAAAAUGAGGAAGUAUAUGAGUAAGAAUAUAAAGAAAAACAUGAAGGAGAUGAGGAAGAAAAGACAAGUAUUUUGAUGAAUUUUUAAAAUUUAUAUGAUAAAAAUGGGGAAGUUAAUGAGUUUUUAUUAAAUGGUAAAGAAACAGUAUUAUUAAUUCAUGGCACAGCUGGAUCAGGCAAAAGUACUGCAGCUAAGUAAAUAGAAGAAUUUAUUUGGAAAUUACAUGAUAAUAAUUAAAAAAUUGGCAAAAAACUACUAAUACCAAUUUAUAUUUCAUUACCUUCCACUAAAAAAUCCUGUGUUUUAAGCAGUAGAGGAAGCACUUCAUCAAGAUCAGUAUGGUUUUGAUCUGCUCUAAUUGAAAGAAUGUAAAGAGAUGUUAGAAAAGAAAGAUUUCCUGUUUCUAUUGAUAAUGGACAGUUAUGAUGAGAUGAAGUUAGAAAAUAUUUAAAAAACCCUAUAUAUCAAUAAUAAACUGAAAUAGAAUUGGUCAAACCCUCUCUUGUUAUUUUUACUACAAGAAGUGAAAUUUUUACAAGUAGUAAUUAUUCUCAAUGGUUUGAACCUGAAAAGAAGGAAAAAUUAAAAGAAAUCAAACUUCGAAAGUUUGAUUUUAAGUAAAUGCAAUAAUAUCUAGAAAAAUUUACAAUUUAAAGUGUUAAAAUGUAGAUUUUUGAAAUUUAUGAAUGGUAAACACAAAUUUCAAAAAGAGGAGUGAUUGAUAUCAAAAAGUUUGAAAUUUUUUGGGAAAAAUUGCAAUAAUUUCUAAAAAAAGAAAUAUCAGGGAUGAAAGGGGAGAAUCUAUUGAAUUAACAAUCAAUAGAUAAAAUUUAAUCGUUUUUGAAGAAUGAUGGGUUUAUAUCUAUAAAAAAUAAUGAUGCUUUAAGAAGUCUGAGGAUAAAUCUCCAACAACUGUGGAGUGUAGAAAAGUACAACAAAAUGAUAAGGUAAAUCAAUUUAAAUAAAUUGGUCAUAACUCCUUAUAAGAUGGAAAUAGUAGUUUAAGUGUUGCCUGAAAUGGUUGUUAAAGCAAUUAAAAUAAAAUUUUAUAAAGAAUUUUCCAAAUAUGCUUAAAGAGUUCUACCAAUGCAAAUAGCUGAUCAAUAGAAAAGCCUAUUGGCACCAAACAAUGGAGAUGAAAAUUUUUAGAAAGUUGUUUAAGAUAAAAAUUUGAAGCUACAUAGUUUGAUAUCGAAAAUUUAGAAAAACUAAACUAUCAAGAAAUUGCUUUCAAAUUUUGGGAUAAAAUAGAAGAAAAUUCAACUCUAAUAAAAGCCGAGAUUUCUCAAGAAAAUAUUGGAUUAAAGACUUAACUAUUGAAGAUAUUAUAACAAAACCACUAGGAAUUAGAUUAUUUAUUAGAUGGACUUGCAAUUCAAUAUGAAAAAAAGAGAGAAGCUGUUAUUAAAAUAAUUAUUGAUGCAUUAAAAGAUUUUAAUCUUACAAGCUAUGAUUUUUAUGAUGAGUUUAUAAAUCAACAUCAUUUAAAAUAAACAGAAAAAGAGAAAAAAUUAGGAAAAUCUAUUAAUAUUGAUCGGUUUCUACAUGAUUUAAAAAAAUAUUCAACUAACCUUGCUAAAGCUAUGAACAUGAACGAAAUGACUUAAGUGUAAUAUUAACAAUAAGGGUUAUUGUAUAAAGAUGAAAGAGAAAAUGAAAAAUGGCUCAAUAAUUAUUUUAAUGAUGAUGAUUAAUUUGGAUCUUAUAGAAAAGAUAUACGAAGUUGUUUUCUAGUUUAAUCAAAUGGUGCUAAUUUUUAAUUUACCCAUAAGUCAAUAUAGGAGUUCUUGAUUGCAGCUGAUUGAGAUGAGGUUUUAGUUCAAUCAAAAAAUAUUGAUACAUAAAUAUUGAAUAUUAUUAUAGAAACAUUGUCAAAAGAAGAGAAUUAAAAUUAAGAUUGUUUAGAGUUUCUAAAAAAACUCAAAAAAAACAAUUCCUAGAAUUAUAAUUAAAUUGGAAAUUUAUCUCUUUUGUAAAAAUAAAAAUAAUUAGAUGCUUUUGAAUAGACUAUUAAUUAAAUUACUCGUUUAAUUUUAAUCAUAAUAGAACAUGAUUUUCAUUCUAUUAAUUAUUCCACUGAAAUAUACACUGAAAGUAGAUAAUAUCUCAUUUAAAAAAUUUAAUAAGAGGUUAAAAUAAUUGAAUUUUUGAAAUUCUUAAAACAUCUUACAAAAAUUGAUAACAAUUUUAUUGUAAGUGGAUCUAAUGCACUUAAUAUAUUGGUUGAAAUGAAAAUUAUUCUAAAAAACUAAAAUUUUGAAAAUAUAAGAAUAGAAAAUACUAAUUUAUUUGGGGGUAAUUUUGUUAAAUGCAACUUAUCUAAAUCUUAAUUUAAGAAUGUGAAUAUCAAUGGAAUCAAUUUAAAUGGAUCUUAAUUAUUUGGAUGUAAUUGGUAAGAAUUAAAAAUAAACGAUUUAUAUUAAUUGGAUGGUCAUGAUGAUGUUGUCAGAUCAGUCUGUUUCUCUCCUGAUGGAAAUACAUUAGCUUCUGGUAGUGAUGAUUAGUCUAUCCGUCUAUGGGAUGUCAAAACAGGAUAAUAAAAAGCCAAAUUAGAUGGUCAUAGUAAUGAUGUCUUGUCAGUCUGUUUCUCUCCUGAUGGAAAUUCAUUAGCUUCUGGUAGUUAUGAUAAGUCUAUCCGUCUAUGGUAUGUCAAAAAAAAGUAUUGUUCAGAUUAUAGAUUUAUAGAAAUUUAGGUUAAAAUACAAGAUAUCCUUUUUUUAACACUCCUUCGCAGUAAAAGAAUAUUAUUUAAAAUUUAGACACAUCUAAUAUUAUGGUUUACCCAGACUUUAAUUUAUCAAGGUUUAAGAGAGUUUUUUAUAAAAAACCGUUUCCUUUUAGGAGAAUUAUUGGAGUAACACUUGAUUAACCUAUUUUAACCCUUAAUUUAAAUCUAUUUUCAUGUACUUCUUGUGUCCAAUAUUUGUUGAUAGAGUUCUAUUUUAUAGUUUUUUUCUUUUUUAACAAUCUUGAAG